UGUGUGUGUUUAUAAUUGCAUUAUGUUAUGUUACCUGCCUACUAGCUUUUUUAUUACGUUAUUAUUUGAAACAAUUUGUUUAAUUCACUGUGAUAAACUGAUAAGAUCAGAUCAAUAAGCUGUCGUUUGUUGAUUCACUGCAUCGUUAUGAACCUCAUGCACAAACUCGGGAAGUGACCUGGUUGAUUAAUCUCUGGAGAGAAUGAACGAUUAUAAAUAGAGGAAGUAAAGGAUGAUUAAAUACAGAAGAAGUUAACAAUGCAACUCUGGGUGUCAACUGCUACAAAAGACCACCACCAUCACCCUCCUCCUCCUAUGGUGAAUCAACAGAGUUGUUCCUGAUGAUGAGCUGGAGCAUGACACUAGCAGGUAACAUUAGCACCAUGUUGGACGCUUCUCUGGGGAGGAAUUUCUCCCACACCUCAUUCGUGUUCAGAGGUUUCCCAGAGCUGCAGCGACACAGCCGCCUGCUCGCACUACCCUUUGCUGUGUCGUACGUGGCAGUGCUGCUGGGAAACUCACUGCUCAUACUUGUCAUCCGCCACGUGGAGAGUCUGCAUAUCCCCAUGUACCUGCUCGUCUGCAUGCUCUGCAUUGUCGACAUCCUCGUCGCCACCACCAUUAUCCCCAAGAUGCUGCUAGGCCUCCUGUUCGACUGGGACAAGAUCUCUCUGGCCGGCUGUUUGACUCAGAUGUUCUUCACUCACUUUCUGUCGUCGGUGGAGUCGACGUUGCUUCUGGCAAUGGCUCUGGACCGCUACGUCGCCAUCUGUCAGCCACUGCGCUAUGCUGACAUUAUCAACUCAUCCAUGAUGGUGGGCCUCCUGCUCUUCACGCUGGUGCGCAGUGGCACCAUCAUGGCAGCACUGGUUGGCCUGUCAGGUUCUCUGUGGUUCUGUGGCUCCAACGUGAUCUGGCACUACUACUGCGACCACAUGGCACUGGUCAGCCUGGCAUGCGACAGCACAGAGAAGAACAACGCCGCAGGCCUUGCUGUGAUCAUCUGCUUCGUGGGUGUGGACAUAUCACUUAUCGUCCUCUCCUACAUAAAGAUCUUGAGUGUCGUCCUACGAGCGACAGCAGCCAGCGAGGACCGCUGGAAGGCAUUCCACACCUGCGGUACUCACCUGAUUGUCAUGAUGUGUUUCUAUCUAGUCGGCAGCAUCACCUUCCUGUCCCACAAUCUGCACAUUCCCAUACCGACGGGCGUCAACACUCUCAUGGGACUCAUAUAUAUCCUUUUUCCUGCCAUCAUUAACCCUGUCAUCUAUGGAGUUCGCACCAAAGAAAUUCAAAACGGUUUCUUAAGGAUUUUUAAACUCAGAGGGAAGAAAAUAAUGACAAUAAAAGUUUCUCCUGCAGGAAACAAAGAUUCUGCUCUGACUAAAGAUGUCACUUUUACACAUAAAUGUGGAUCAUGAUCUCUUGUUUCUGUUUCCAUGGUUACAGAUGCUGACUGACUUUAAGGGGGUUGUUGAGGUUGUUUGAGAGGCACUGACACUGACUGUGCUGUGCUAGCCCCUGCACCAAGAACGAAGCUAAAAUACGGACACUCACUCACUCGAAAACAUCGCUGCUAUUGGGGACAUAACAAAAAACAGAUUUAAGCCAUUAAUUACAUAUUGCACACAUUAAAAUCUAGAACAUUUUAGGUCUACGAUAUCUGUCUAUGGCCUCUGUUCACUGCUUUGUCUCACUAUUAGACAGCCUUUUAGAUAGGAAACUGAAG